ACACUUUAGGAGUGAAAUAAAAGGCAGCAGAGGCAGCAAAUGGAAAGAUCAGAUGAUCGGUAUAGUCUGCAUUCUUGACUGUGCAUACAUUUGACUGUGUGUGUGUGUGUGUGUGUGUGUGUGUGUGUGUGUGUGUGUGUGUGUGUGUGUGUGUGUGUGUGUGUGUGUGUGUGUGUGUGUGUGUGUGUGCGCGUGUGUGUGUGUGUGUGUGUGUGUGUGUGUGUGUGUGUGUGUGUGUGUGUGUGUGUGUGUGUGUGUGUGCAGGUUUGUAUCCCUCACAGUGAUUAAAGCAAGUGGGCGGCAGCAGCAACUGGUCUGCCUGUGUGGCUCUGCAUAGCAGACAUGUUUCUCACUGCUAGAUAUUACUCAUUUCCUCAGCCCUUUGCACACACAGGCACACACACACACACACACACACACACACACACACACACACACACCCUCUCUUGACACACACAUGCUCACAAGCAAAAACAGACACAGAGACGGAUAGCAGACUGAGUUUUUUCCUCCAGUUUGGUGGGCUCGCUGGUGUUAUUCAUGCCUCCAGAGAUCAGAGGCAGGGCGUAGCUGGAGGCUGCUGCUAGUCCACGGUGGUGCUGUGAAGGAGCUCUGAUGAGCUGAGGGGUGUGCUGACCCUUUGAGGGGGAUUUAAAUAUAAAUGGCAACUCUGGGACAUCUCCUGUCUGCACUAAGGUGAGUGGUGCUUUAGUCGGAGAGCAGAAACAGGGAUCCAAGAGUGAUGCUGUGUACCAGCCUUCCCAUCUGUCCUUGCCCCUCGUUUUCCCGUGAGGCCCAUGUGACCUAGCCUUCACCAACACGCAGGGGGCCCCCACUGCUGCUGGAGCCCACCCAUGAAUCCAAGCCCUGGCCGCAGCAAAGAGUGCCUCCCUCCCAAGAAGAGGGAUACUCGGCAAGGCUCUGCUGAUCACCACGUUCCUGUGGAUGACUUUAAGCCCCCCGUGCCUCUCCGGAGUCGGCUGAGCACUGGUAGAGGGGAGGGAGGCAGGGAGGCCAAUGACAGAGACAGAGGCCUCCCUAACCUGAGCCUCCAUCCUCUACAAAGCCCCCCGCCCCUUCCUGCUCCAGUACCAGGCCUCCCCGUGCCAUUAGCAUGGCCCCUUAGCUACUCUUCAUCUGUCUCCCUUCCCCUUUUCCCGGGGACGGUCAGCGAUAGGAGGAGCUCUGGGUCUCCAGCUUGGAGAGAUGAUCCACAUGUCUCACCCCUGCCCCAACCCCCCAGUUGGUACAGAGGAGAUGGGCCCCUGGCAUUGCCUCCUUCCCCUUCUUCUUCCUCUACUUCCUCAUUCAAGACUCCUUUCCCAGCCAGUUCCAGGGAGAUGUGGUCCUAUGUUAACAGUGGCCGGCGGGACUACAGCCAAUCGCUCUUCUCCACUUCAUACCUAUUUAGCCCUCAGUCCCUUUUCCCCCAAGACCCUGGCUUAGUUGAAGUAAGACCUAGGUACUUGAGCAAGAGGCCCAAUGGCUUGGAUGGGCCAGGCAGCAGGACUGCCUCAACCACCAGACCUCUGCUCAUAGGAGAAUAUGGGAAUGAUGGCAACAGGCUAAGGUUGAAUGUCAGCCCACAUUCUUCCCAUGCCAACGGUGGACGAAGACAACGGGAGGAUCUAACCUCCCCUGUCCACCCUGGGGGAGCUUUUUUGUCAGACUUGCAAACUCAAGAAAUGCCUGAGCAACAUUCUUCUCUGCAGGAAAGACAUCAUUCUGGGAAGACCAGCUCUACUUCACUCUCCACCAGUCCCCAUCCCCUUGGACCAGACUCUAGGACAGGCAGAGGCGGACUUUUGUCACGUGUGGGGGCCACACAAACUGAGGCCCAUAUCUACUAUUCCUUAGGGUCGGUUUCUCACCCAAGGCCUCAGGCUCAAACCUUCCCACUCUACAGCCCCUCAGGAACAUUUCCGUACAACCUGCACAGGGAGCCAGGACUCAGGCAGCACAAUUUGAGGAACUCAUCACACUCACCCCUGGAUCUGCCUAACAGACAUGACAGGUCACAAAGAGACCAAGAAAGAGAGAAGGUCCUUCAGAGAGACAGGGAGCGAGGUAAGGUCAAAGAGAGGCAACAGCAGCAGCAGGACAAAGACCAAGAGAGAGAAAGUGAGCGUGAGAGACGACGCAACAGGGACAGAGACAAAGGGAGAGCGAUAUCUCCUUCCAAUCCCCACACCUCAUCCCCAGCCCUUCGCCCAUCUUCACCCACAAUCCUACCUCAUUUCACCAAGGGGUCUCUGAUUGAGUUGGGCAGUGGGCGACUGAAGCGGGUGGAGGAGCUGCGGACCGAGGACUUCCUGAGGAGUGCAGAUACAUCCCCGGAGUUCCACCUCAGCACCUGCACUGUGCUGCUGAUCUCUCCCAGCAGUACUGAGGGCUUCAGCCACCUGCAGGUCCACCUCACAGAUCGCAACACUCAGGAGUUACUGCAGGUCUUGGUGGAGUAUCCAUUCUUUGUACAAGACAGAGGCUGGUCUUCUUGCUCUCCUCAGAGAACCACACAGCUGUAUGGCUUGCCAUGCCGUCAGCUCACAGAAGGUGACGUCUGCCUGGCCCUCACCCCCACGCCCACCCAAACUCACCAGACACACACACGUGCCAGCUCCCGGGCCCACCGCACACAGCCCCUCUCCAGGGCCGGAGCAGAGUCGAGCAGUUCACAAAGGGAGGAGAUGCCACCCCCGCCUCCCCCUCUUGCUCAUCAACCAUCUCCAUCUGCAUCAAACCCUCCAUGCUCACAGGCUGCAGAUUCUUCGGCUAAAGAGCAGCGACUAUCUCGAAAACGGCGCUGGUCUGCUCCAGACAUUCUUCCCUCAGCUGGAACUGAUGAAAGGCUCUUGGAUUUACCUCAUGGCUCCAAGCUAAUGAAGUGGCAGUAGAAAUGUGCACAUAUACACCCAAGUACACACAUAUACACACCCUCCUUGUCUCUUUUGCACCCAGAAAGAAAAACAAUGGAGAGACCUCAAGGCAGAGUUGCAGGGAAGGAAUACAAAACAAUAGGAAACACACUUUACAGGUGAUUAGUCUCUACCCCCCCCCCCCCCCCCCUUCUCUGUCACCCACUGCACCUUUCUCUUCUUCUCCUCUCCUCUCCUUGUCUCUUUUCAUCUCCUCUCCCUCAGCCUUACUGUACUCAGCACAGCCCUGAAAGGAGCAGAAGCUCAAAGAUAUGUGGAGGACUCUUAACUAACACACUGAAGACGAUCAGUGAGACAAUCAAGCACUGGUGUGUGUGUGUGUGUGUGUGUGUGUGUGUGUGUGUGUUCACUCUGUUUUUUGUUAUUGUUGUCCCACACACCUACUUAAUGAAAGUCACUGCUGCAGGGUAUUUUCAAUCAGUGUUAUAAAACUAAAAGCUAUUGAGGAAUCACAGAAAUAUACAAAAAUUGACAAUAUAAAUAUAUAUAAUACAUUACAAAUGUUAUAUACAGUAAAUAUGCUAAACAGAUUUAAUGCAAUCUCUUAUCAAUCUUGCGAUGCAUUUUUUUCUUGUUUUGUUUAAUUUCUUGCUUCUGAGCCGAUGUCUUCUCGCCGGUCUGGGCGGGCAAAGUGAAUGUAUGAGCAACUCUUCGCCUUUUUCCAUUCUCAUCACCGGGAGUCAUUUCAAAAUGGUUUCUUCAUCAAGGCAUUACCCUCCAAUAUGUUCUUAACAUUAUCUCUGAGAAAGGGAGAACACUAAUGAAAAUUGCGUAAAAGACAAUCCCACGCACAGACAGGUCUGUGCCACUUCGCCUCGACACUCGUGGUGUUUUUCCAUUAAACCUGAAUGAUGGAAGGAGUAAAAGGUGCAGGAUGGGCUGAAGAGUAAUGGUGCUAAUAACACGUUGGAGCAUGAUGCUUUGUGAAUGAUCUUGACCCCUGUGUACUGUACGCUUUUGUUCCCAUCUCAUGUUUUAUGUACUGUAUAUGUUUGAAAGCAGGGAAAAUGAUGAAAGUAUUUUAAACUCAGAUACGGGUAUCUCAUCUGAUUCAGCACUCUCUCUCACUUUAGUUUGUCUUUUUUUUCAAAGAGAAGAUUUAAUCUGUUUAUUUUUUUUUAAAUGUUAAAGCUACAAAAAUGUAUAUUUUUAAAAAUUGUGAAUCUGUUAAAUGAUGUUCGCUAGAAAUAAAUGAGGAAAAAAGCUCUACAGACUGAA